UAGAGAUACAGUACUAAUAUGUUUUGAGUGGCCAAAUGUUUAAGUGUGACAGUUUUAGUAUAUCAAUCCUCAGUUGUCUGUCCUCAACCUCUCAUGUCUAAAGAGUGCAAACAACGAUGAAGCACGGCAACAAGGAUUUGCUGGUGCACAGCAAUGGGACCGUAGAGCACAUGGUCAUCAUGAAUACUGUGGUGGGCUGUGAGGUCAAUCUAUACAAUUACCCCUUCGCUUCAGAUUUCUGCGCCAUCGGAAUCAAUGUGUGGGCACUUAGGGGAUGUGGCAUGUUCCUGACCUUUGGGAAUGUGAGCAAAACUAGCGCAAACCGCGGGGACUGGCUAACCGAGGCAGUGGAACUCAAUGCUAAAGGAGGCAGAGAUGAUCGCAACUAUCUAUGGGUGUCGCUGAAAAUGCGGUCCGAAACCCCGUUUCUGACCCUGGUCCUGCCCAGUAUACUGAUCAUUGUGGCUGAUGUAGUGAGCUAUACCUUGCCACUGGGAAAGGGCAAGCGCAUCCCCUUCAAGGUUACACUGGUUCUCAGCUUCAUCAUGUUCCUCAUCAUCCUCAAGGACCUUCUGCCCGGAGGAGGCCAGUGCAGCCCCAUCAUCCGAAAGCACUUCUGUUUCUGUUUGGUCAUCCUGGUGUUGAGCAUGUUGCAGUCUAUGGUGCUCACACGUCUGGCUAAGUGUGGCACUCUCUGGCCCUGCAGCCGCUCCAAGUCCAAAGACUCACCGCUUAAAGACACAGACAAUGAAGAGGAAUCCAGGCCUGAUAUUACUGUCAUCAAACUGAAAGCCUCAGAGGAAGAGAAGAAUUCACCCCUCCAGAAGGUGGUAAAGUUUCUCAACAAAAUGGCUGCACAAGACCAGAAAGAAGUUAGACACCAUCGCUUUGCCAACAAAGUAGACUUGAUCUGUUUCUGUAUCUAUCUCACCAUCCUCAUUGUUUAUACAGCCGCCAUUUUAUAUUUCUCCUUUGGUUCUCGGUGUGAGAUCAACCAUUUAGAAUUCUGGGAGAACUAAAUUCUUUAUUUGUCUGUUUGGGUCAUAGAGAAUGAUAGAGAAAGCAUUCCUAUAUCAUUCCCAUUAUGAUGUCUGUGAGCGCACCGGCAGCGCCAUUGAGGCAAUCUCCAUUUAAGUAGCCAAUUUUCUUCUUCUACUACUACUACUUCUAUGA